AUGAAGACUCGAGGGAGACCGUCAACCAAAACCGCCAAAGCAGCCACCGAACCCAAGGCUCCCGAUUCAACAGCUGCAAAAGUCCAGUUAAGCACCGAGUCAAGCAACCCUCCCCACCUAUUCGUUCUUCCCAAAGACCUCAGCAAAGAUGCCCGAAUCGUCACACUUGAGAAUCCGAGAUACUUUAGUGACGAUCGAUAUGUUAUAUGUCCGGAGCGAGGGUUUUACGAGUUUACCAAGGUUGCAGCACCCAGAACAACUCCAAGGAGUUGGUUGCUAUCAGUGACGGAGGGGCCAGAAAAUCGGGAAGAGAUAGACGAGAAAGAUGAUAAACUUACGGACUCGGAAGGCUAUGUGAUGAAGACUGCAAGCCUUCUGGUCGCGACUCCAAUGGAUCCAUUGUUUAUGGUUCUAUCAGCACUUUCUCCUCUUCCAACCACAAAAUCUUCGGAACCUGCAAAGAAGUUAUUCCUAUCUGGCUAUGACUAUUUCGAGAAGAUGUCAAAGGUGUCUCCACAGUUUGCGAAUUUUUCUAGGAUUGAAUCAAUACGGCAGCUGUUGGAAAGCAGGAUGGCAGCUGUUUGCGAUACGGUUGAGGCUGGAGACGAGACGAUGUAUCGAUUGAAUGAGGAGAAGCUCCUCGGGGAGCUAAUGAAGAAGGCCCAAAAGAUGAUCGAAAAAGGAUUACCUGCAAGUAUGGAGGAGAAGCUCGUGAGGAAAGCCCUCGAUCCACCAAUGCUCAGUAUGAAGCGAGAUGACAGCUCGUUAUCCGAACCAGCCAAAGAGGACGGUGCAGCAACUCCAGAUACUCAAACAACAGUGUCUGAUACAGCAGCGAGUUCCUUCUCAGAAACAUCAACAGCAGCAACCUCAUUCUCAGAAGACUCACAGUUAAGUAUAACCCCAGACAAGGCGGCAGAGCCAUCUCCCAUUGAAGCUCCAGAGGGAGUUGCUGAGCUUCUACGUCUCCGUACAGCUCUGUUCUUCAUUUGCUCGGCAUACCUUGCGCCUCACAUUACUGAGAGCCUCAAGAAAUUGCUUUCCACUUCAAUAUCGACUGUCGACUUCGCUCCCCUAGAUACGCAUCUUGCUCAUUUGGCAAAGUUACGGCAGGAUGCUCUUGCUUCACGAUCAUUGGGUGACUUUUCACGGAAGCGUUCAAUGGCAGCAGAAGAUGGAGAGACCCGUGCCGAGAAGAAAAGGAAGGCGGAUGAAGAUGAGAAGAGGAAGAAGGCGAAUCAGAGCAAAGGCGUACAGGCGCUUAAGAAGGUGAAUGUGUCAGGGAUGAAAAAGAUGAGUGAUUUCUUCAAGAAGAAAUGA